AUGUCGACCAGUAAAACGUCAAUUGGACGAUCUUUAAUCAAAACACGCGUCCCAAAUCAACAACGUCGUGCUAAAGUGGGAGAUGAUUGGAUUCAUUAUAAAGCCGAUUUUACAGCUACAACAGACUGGAAUCGUUUGAAUUUACGUUCUAUAACAGAUCAAAAUUCAUUAGACGAUUUUUUAACAACAGCACAAUUGGCUGGAACAGAUUUUGCUGCUGAACGUUUGAAUGUUACAUUUAUUCCACCCGUAGCUAAAGUUGGAAUAUUAAGUGCUGAAGAUAAAGAACGAAUUAAACAAGCGCAAGAUUUACAUAAAGAAAGACUACAGAUUCCUAGACGACCACCAUGGACUACUCAAAUGGAAACUGAACAAAUUGAACGACAAGAACGUGAAAGUUUUCUAGAUUGGAGAAGAAAGUUAGCUUUAUUACAAGAGAUAGAUGAUAUUACUCUAACGCCAUUUGAGAAAAAUUUAGAAUUUUGGCGUCAGUUGUGGAGAGUUAUUGAAAAAAGUGAUAUUAUUGUUCAGAUUGUUGAUGCAAGAAAUCCAUUACUAUUUCGUUGUGAAGAUUUAGAAACAUAUGUUCAUGAAUUAUCAUCUGAGGAUAAAUUAAAUGUUAUACUUGUUAAUAAAUCUGAUUUACUUACGGAUGAACAACGUGAAUUAUGGGCGAAGUAUUUUGAUACAUUAAAGUUACGUGUAAUUUUCUAUUCGGCAUUACAAACGGCACCAUGUAAGCCGAAAAGAACAAUAUCGAUUAAUGAAAAUGACAUUGAUGAUACUGAAAAAAUUUUAAAUGAAAUAAAACGAAUGCAAAUGAAAUCAUUACCAGAUGAUAAUAUGGAAAUAACAACAUCAGUUCAAAAUCCAAACAAUCGAUUUAAUGGAUUAGAAGUAUAUGAUAGUGAAAAUACUGAAAAAGAUGAAUCAGAAAAGAUUAUUUAUAAUAAUGAUGAUGAUGAUGAUGUAAAUAAUGAGGAUGAUAAUAUAACAGAUGAAGAAAAAGAAUAUGAAUCUAACAAUGAAACGAGUGAAAAUGAAGAAGAUAGUUAUAUUGAACCAAUUCGACCAGAAGUUACCAGUUACGAACAAACUAAAAUGAAACAUAAUUUAUCAUUGAUUGUUAAUCGUGAAGAACUAAUUUAUCUAUUAAAAAGUUUUCAUAAAAAUAAAAAAACUGUCAGAGAAAAUAUUCUUACCAUUGGAAUGGUUGGUUAUCCAAAUGUUGGCAAAAGUUCUACGAUUAAUUCAUUACUUCAAUAUAAAAAAGUGUCUGUAUCGGCCACACCUGGCAAAACAAAACAUUUUCAAACAAUAUUUCUAGAUAAAAAUCUUUUACUAUGCGAUUGUCCUGGUCUUGUAUUUCCAUCUUUUGUCUCAACGAAAGACGAAUUAAUAAUUAAUGGCAUUUUACCCAUUGAUCAAAUGCGUGAUUAUAUUGGACCACAAAUUCCUCGUUCAACACUAUCAGGUGUAUAUAAUAUUAUGUUACCACUACCAAAUGAAGGAGAAGAUGAAGAUCGUCCACCAACAUCUAUCGAAUUAUGUUCGACUUAUGCUUAUUCUCGUGGUUUUAUGACACAUAAAGGCAUACCUGAUGGUUCUCGUGCAGCUCGUAUUUUAUUGAAAGAUUAUGUACAGGGCAAACUAUUAUUUUGCUAUCCACCUCCUGGCCAAGAUGCAAACGAUUUUCAACACCAUAUGUCCGAUGAUGAAGAUGAUGUAGAAGCAAAUGAGGACAAUGAAAUAACUUCAGAUGGAUUAGUGAAGGCUAAAGUAAAACCAUCAACAGUUGAUCAAGAAUUUUUUCAUCCGGUAGUAGCCGGCUUUGGUACUAAAAGCAUCUCAGGUAGAAAUAAAACCAAUGAACCUACUACGAAUGAUGAGAAACCGUGGAAAAAACACAAUAAAUAUCAUAAUCGUAACAAACAUGAAAAAUUACGCAGAGUAUUUAAACAUUUGGAUGCUUAG